UGCAGACACCACUUUAUUGAACUCCUAUAAAAAAACUGAACCAUCAAACCUCAGCCUCUCCGACCCCUCCCUCUUCAAGCCAUUCCUCAAUCUCCCAGAUAGAAAUUAAUGUCAAGACUUUCAUUCUUGUUAGGUCUCAUUAUCGCAACAACUUUUAGGGUUGUUGUGAAUGGCUCUGAAGGUGGACUUGAGAUCUACGAGCUCAAGAAAGGAGAUUUUUCUUUGAAGGUGACGAACUUCGGUGCGAGGAUCAUAUCCGUCGUUCUUCCUGACAAGAAUGGAAAGCCGGCAGAUAUUGUUCUUGGUUACGACUCCGUUAAAGAUUAUCUGAAUGAUACAGCAUAUUUUGGAGCUGUAGUUGGUCGGGUUGCUAAUCGGAUUGGGGGUGCUCAGUUUACUCUAAAUGGAGUCCAUUAUAAGCUUGAUGCCAAUGAGAAACAAAACAUGCUUCACGGCGGUAAAAAGGGAUUUAGCCAACUUAUUUGGAAGGUGGAGGAGUACGUGAAAGAUGAUGCCAAUCCUUUCAUUGUAUUCGCCUAUUACAGCCUUGAUGGAGAAGAAGGAUUCCCAGGAAAUCUCCUAGUCAGAGUGUCCUAUGCUUUGCUUGAACCGUACAAACUCAGGGUGAUAAUGGAAGCAGAAGCACUAAACAAGGCCACUCCUGUGAACCUGGCACAACACAGUUAUUGGAAUCUUGGUGGCCACAACAGCGGUGAUGUCCUCUCUGAUGAGGUCCAAAUAUUUGCCUCACACUUCACGCCUGUGAACAACCAGCUCAUCCCAACCGGAAAAAUCUCGCCCGUUAAAGGUACCCCGUAUGAUUUCCUCAAACCCCACACAAUUGGAAGCCAGAUAAACCAACUUCCAAGUGGUUUCGAUAUCAAUUAUGCCCUGGAUGGUGGUGGGGACGAGGACAACGACAUGAAGGUGGCUGUCAUAGCACAUAGUAAGAAGACUGGAAUUGGGAUGAAGAUAUCAACGAGUGCUCCAGGCUUGCAGUUUUAUACUGCUAAUCACUUGAAAGAUGUGACGGGAAAGAAUGGAUACGUCUAUCAGGCUCAUGCAGCCUACUGUUUCGAGACUCAAGGGUUUCCGGAUUCAGUGAAUCAUCCUAAUUUUCCCUCGCAGAUAGUUAAUCCGGGAGAUGUUUAUACCCACUACAUCCUGUAUGAAUUCAAGACCAAACCCGAAUAGAAGCCUCCGACUCAUGGACCGCCAAGAGCAACUGAAGCCACCUUGAUUUGUGUUUGGAAUCAGCUGGAAAGAAAUAAGAUCUUCAUGUUAAACUCACUGUCUGAUUCUUCAACCAUUUCUGAAGUUGUUCAUGCACAUUGUCAAACACAUAAUAUUAAGAUCUCCGUAACUACCGAGUA